CUGCGCAUCCCUGGGAGUGAAUAGGGAAUUGCUGCGCCAGUGUCCCGGCUGAGAGACGGAGCAGAUCUCACCCAGCCUAAGCUUCUGAGCCCCCCCCCCCUCGUGUCAUUACACAAUAUCGCUGCCAAAAAUCAUCGUUUCAAACAUGUGCGCAGGGAGACAGAAUAAAAGUUGUGUGUUGGCCAAUGCGUCCCUGCGUCGUUCCCAUCCUGCAGAAGCAUGUCCCGUCGGAAACAGAAACGACCCCAGCAGCUUAUGAACCUGACCCUUGGUGCCUGUCGGAUACUUGAGCAUGAUGACAACUUGGCAGUGAACUCAAACUCCUCUCUGUUUAUCCCGGAUUCUCCUUCUUGCUCUCCAUCGUCCUCUCUUCAAAGCUCACAGCUGCCCCUUGCUUUCCUUUCAUCUAUUAAGGGCUCUCAGACCCCCUCUUUACCCAUUGAAGAUCCAGUGAUAUCCUGCCCACUAAGCCAGUCCCCCCACCAGUCCCUCAAAGACCCACAGCCCUCAUUCUCUCCUGACUUCCCUUACUGCUCUCUCUCUUCAAAAACUCAACAUUCACCUGCCCUUCAACUAUUGGGUUGUAAAUCUACAUCAUCUGCUAGGGCCCUCAUAGACCCCUCACGAAACAAACACAUGGCUUCUCCAAAGUUGGGGCUGUCAGCCACCACCAAUUCUUCUUCCUCGUCCUCUUCGUCGGCCUCCCUAUGUCCCCCACCCCAUCCUGGAAGCCCCAGCCGUGUGCCAGAGGGCCCCCCCAGUCCAGUGACUCCAACUCCAAGCCCAGGAGUGACCUCUGCCUCAGCUGCACCUUCCAGGGCCCAACUGAGCAUUGCCCUGAUCCUGGAAGAGCUCAGGGUGCUUCAACAAAGGCAGAUCCAUCAAAUGCAGAUAACAGAGGAGAUCUGUAGACAGGUGCUACGCCUCGGUGGAGCAUCCUAUGCUGUGGACACACCCUCACAGCAUCUUAUCCCUCCCCUGCCCCAGCUCUGUCUAGAAGGCAGCAAAGGGGCAGCAAGUCCAACCACCCAGGCAAUUGCAUCUCAGCCUUCUACCUCUGUUGCUCCUCUCCUUGCAUGUUUCUCCUCCCUGCUACCUUCUCAGGCAGCCAAUAAACCCACAAAGCCAAGCAGUUCAUUGUCUCAAAUCCUGCAGCCCCAGAAGCACCAGAUGGAAGGAGCGGGAGGAAGUGCAGGGAGUCAAGGUUAUCUGAGAGUGAGUUCUCGCCCCUCAGCUCCCUCCACCUCUUCCUCGGCUGCCAUCCCCAUGGCUUCAUCCAACUACCCACUAGGCUUAUCUUUAGCUCUGCCCAACCGCUAUCUCCAUGAAAAAUCUUCAAACACCACUUCACUGAGUGGGCACAGUGGCCUGUCCUUUCUAAACUCCUCGCUCCCCUCAUCAGUAUCCAUGGUCACAAACUCUCAAAAUGCUAUGCAUGCUUUCUCUGGAGGAGCAGACUCUUCCUCUGCAUCCAGCUCCAACAAUACUGGCCGCCUCCAACAUGCCUGCCGCUUUUGUGGGAAAAUGUUUAGCAGUGACUCUUCCCUACAGAUACAUCUACGGUCACACACUGGGGAACGACCCUACCAGUGUCCAGUAUGCCUCAGCCGCUUCACCACACGAGGGAAUCUCAAGGUGCAUUUCCUACGUCAUCGUGAGCAAAACCCAGAGCUCUCACUUUCACUCUUGCCACCUUCUUUGUUUGGGGUAGCAUUGGGGGCCACUGGGGGGACUGAAAUGGGACAGACUAUGAGCAGUGGCAGCAGUACUAGUGGCAUGAAUAUGAUGCAAAAGAAGCCAAAAACCAGGACUGAAGAUGAGACAUGUGAAGAUAAUAUGGAGGUCACUGGUACGCACACUGGCUUUUCUCUAGGAGCCUCUGGAGGAUCCACCCCUUCUACCCUACCCUUGCCCCCUAGUGUAGACUUGGCAUUGAUUUCCCACUCCCUCCUGCAACUCAAUAGGGCAGCAGCUGUAGCAGCUGCAGCCUCUAUCACUUCCGGCUCAUCCCACUCAUCCACUUCCACCUCAUCUCUGGCUACCUCCCUCCUCAACAAUCCCGCCCUGUCAUCGUCUUCCACCAUCACAGGAUUAUUCAAGGGUGCUAAACAGCAGCACUUUGAUGAGAACACUCCCCCUCAUGUACCAAUGCUAUCUCCUGCUGCCUACUCCCAGCUAGCCCACCUGCCGAAGCUCCUUUUCCCAUCCGUCUCCACUUCUUCCUCUACUCCUGCUGCACACACAUCCCUCUACAACCAUCCUGCCUUAGGCUUGCUACGCACUCAACUACCCUCUACUCCAGGCUCCCAUCAACUUGCUUCUUCAAGCCAUACUCCGCUUUCUUUCCCUUUCUCUUCGUUUUCUAAAGUCCCGGGUCAACCCACCACCAAUCCAUCCUCCCUGCCCUCCUCAAUGGUUACCUCCACUCCGUCCUCUGAAACCUCCAAGCUGCAGAGGCUAGUGGAAAAGCUAGAGAAAGCGCCCCGCCCUUCUUCUCCAUGGACUUCCUCCUCUAUUUCGUCCUCCAUGCUGGAGAUGUUAUCUAGCAGUGCUACUUCCUCUUCAAGUUCAGGCAACGGCCGUUUCACAAAUGCCAGCACUUCGACUACAUAUGUCAUGGCCUCCCCACCAUCAACUACUCGUGCUUCCACAUCAGUUUCUAACUUCACACAUGAGAUGAUUGCUGCCCUAGGAAUGAGUGCCACUUCCAAUGGAGCAAGUGCCAUUGCAGGGGGCUUUUUACCAUCACUAAGCAUCAGUCCAGCUGGUAACCUAACAACCAAUCAGUGUGGGGUGUGUCUAAGGGUGCUGAGUUGUCCCAGAGCACUGCGUCUGCACCAGGCUACACACCUUGGAGAACGCCCUUUCCCUUGUAAGAUAUGUGGUAGAUCCUUCUCUACUAAAGGCAGCCUGCGGUCCCACCUGGCCACCCAUCAUGCCCGACCACAUAAUGCACGUGCCCAAAAUUCUUGCCCACUGUGUCAGCGCAAGUUCACUAAUGCCCUAGUGCUUCAGCACCACAUUCGUAUGCACCUUGGUGGACAGUUGCCUACAGAUGGCACAGAUGAUUCUGCACAUGAGAUGCCAGCUGAAUCAAAUGCCAAACCCUUGACACAAUCUCAAUCCCAGUCCAUUGACUCAAAUACUGUCUGUAGUGGAACCCCUCCCCUAGAAAGCCACUCUAAGAGCCCAGCCCCAAGCUCAGAAUUUCCAACUCCAGCAGUAGGUGCAGUCCCUGCAUUUGACAGUAUAAAAUCAGUUGAGAAUACCAAAAAUCCGAGCAAGUCUGGUUCCUCCAGCCCAGACCUCAUUCCCCUGUCUGACCUUAGCCCUGACCCAUUCACAAAUCCCACCACAAAAACUCCCCCACCAGGUAGUGUAGAACCCCCUCUCCUUUGUGUCAGUGCUCCCUUGCCAGCAUCAAAGCAGGGCGAUCAGGCUUCUUCAGUUGGUAAAGAGAGCCAAGUAGAAAAACAAACUACUUCUGAUCUUCAUCUUCUUAAAUGCAGCCCCUCUCCAAUUUCCCCCACUGUUACCAAAACCACACUGUCAGCUAAUGCUAUGGUAGUGGACUGUGUAGAGGAUAAAGCGUCUACCUCCUCUGAAGCCUUUCAUGGCUCCAGAACCAACCUUGAGGAUUUACAAAGCACACCUGUCCUUGGUGACCCCUUUGCUUACACUAAUCCCGGUACAUCCUCAGACCUUCUACUGAGUCAAGAUGUUUCCAAUGUAAUUGCAAAACCAACCUUAGAAACCGAGUCAAUCUCCCCAAGACCCACAUCGCCAGAACCCAUGGAAGAAGACAAAGAUCAGUCUUCUUCACCAGCAACACCAAAGCAAAACCAAGCAACUGUGACAGACGGAGACCCCAAUGUGACAUCCACUUUGGAGAUUGCAGACACUAUUGCUGCUGGGGUAAUGGCUGUAUCACAGAGACCUGCAUCUUUUGUGAGGGAGACUCGUCAGAGCUUCCAUUUUGGUUCCUAUGGGAGGGAAGACCGGUUAGAAGAGGUCAAGAUUAGUGGAUUGGCUCCAACCGAAGCACUGGAUGGUUCUGUCCCCAUCCACCUUACCCCAACCCUCCCAUCUCCGAUGUCUCGCCCUGAGAAGAAGACCUAUUGCUGUGCGGAGUGUGGAAAAGAGUAUGCCAGUCGCAGUGGCCUGAAGGGGCACAUGAAGCACCAUGGUGUGGUAACUAAAACAAUACGUCCACCAGCCAGGAGUAGUCGUUCCUCUGCUGACCAACUUCCUUCUUCUACAUCUAUGACUUCCUUAAAUAUUCCAGCUACCAGGAGCUCAGCUGGCUUCUGGAACCAAUACCAAGCCUUCCUCAACACCAGUAACGAGCCAACCGAUGAGCCAACUCCUGGCGUACAAGGAGAUAAUGGAUCUCAGAUCGAUCCAAGAGCCCCCGAGGAAGCUGAGCAAGGGUCUAGUGAAGGGUCAUAACUCGAGUCAGUGGGAUUGGCUGGAAUAUGUUUUGGUGUUUUCAAUCAAUGUUCACCUUUUGGUGAAUCUGUACAUUUGCAUAGUACCUGCUUCCUUAAUCCAAUUCAAGUACCCCGUCGAUCUGAUAGUCAGAGUAAUUUGUUUGUACGUCAAAGUUGUGAGUUAAUCAGCUUGGUCUUGUAGUGUUUACGAAAGAAGAAAAGAAAAAAAAGAGACAGCUAAUGUACAAAUAAAGAUGAAAAUAUUUGAGAAGUAACAAAGUAACAAUAGUUUUUGCUAGAUUUGAAAAGUGACAACCUUGUCUGGCUGAAUUCAUUAAUAGUUUGAUUCACAUUCUAAUAAAAAGUAUCCCUUAUGUAUCAAUGUUUCACGUCAGACCUGGAUUCAUUUAAAAAAAUAUAUUUUGACAUUAGUUAGUCAUAAGAUGGUGCACUAAAAAAUAGUUUUAACUAAGUUGAUGUCAGUAUGUUAAAAUGUUGGUACUUGUAGUGUUUACCAAAUCUGAUUCAACUGGCACCAAAGCAGGUUCAAACUAACCAAAAUGUUAUUUCUUUGUGAAUGCUUUGCAAUUCAAGGUCUGUUUUGUGUCUAGGGUUUAAAAGGUUUUCUUUUAGUCAGAAGGAACUGAUUCAUUCUAAUGCUUUGCGUGAGCACACAAGACCUACAAAUGUAAAUGUUUUUGUGGGGACUAUUAUGUUUUUAGUGUCUUGUUGGUGGUUUGGAUAAACUCCUCGCUCAUGUUGUUGUGAUUUAGUUUUCACUAUAUUGUCCUGUCAAACCAGAAGCACAGCUGCAGUGUUUGUGAACCGAGUGGGGACAGGGUCUUGUGUGUGACCUUCUGCUUUGUGAAUAUUAUGAUUGUUGUUUGGUCCAAAAGUAAUAUCUGUAACCUUUCAGUUACUAAAGUUUCAAAUGGCUAUAAAUAUAUCAGUCUGUCUGUUUGUUGUAAACUGUACGUUCAGUGCUCCAUAUUAAAAAGGAAUUUUGAAAAAGGAAAUAUA